AUGCGCAUCAACUGCUACUUUGCUAUGGACUAUAGUGACGAAGAAACACAACCUCAGAUCAGGCCUGUCUUCAAGAAAAAAGCGGUGAAGAAGGUACGAGCGUCGAAAAGAGCUUACGAAGAUGUACUUGAGGAUGUUGCCGAGAAGUCUCCUGUGACAACGGAGAAGCCCACAAAGAGCAAAGCUUUAGAGAGACUUCUACGGUUUAAAACUCUAUCAGGGGAGGUAAACGAGGAGAGUAAUGAAAAAGACAAGGAUGUUGAUGAGACUGCAACCUCCAAGAAGGAAGCUGCUCAAUCUGGGCUGAACACAGCGUACAAGGUGCUUGAAAUCAAAGAACCGGCAAAGACCUUCUCGCUACGAGAGUCCCAUUUCCGAGAGAAACCGGUGGCGGUGGAGAACGAGUAUGGCAGCGACUGGGAAAAUGAUAAACCAGCAAUUGUUAAGGAAGGAUCCGUUUCUGACCACGAGAUGGACAUUGCCGAUGUUGAGUACACGGUGCUGGCGCCCCAGGCAGAUCCUGAUCAAUACUACACGGAGAUUGUGCUGGAUGUUGACAUGGACGAGGGGGAAGAGAAGAAACUGCCGCGUACGGCGUCGUCUGUGCCAGAGUAUAUUAUGCAAUUGAGAAAGAACACUGAACAGCAUCAGGAGACUUUAGAGAGUGCCAGGCGGCGAUUAGAGGUUUCAAAAUGGCGUGUGGAGCAAUUAGAAGCUCGGAAGGCACAGCUACUAAAGCAAGCCGCCAAUGGGAGACAGCUAGAUGUGGCUGAUGUUGAGCAGUUUAUUAGAGGAUUGUAUCAAGAGGAGAAGAAGGUAACACCAAUGAAGGGCAGCAAUGACGAUGACGUGGACAUGAUGCUGCUUUUUGCUCAAUGA